AUGAUGGGUGACUUUUGGCUGGGAGAAGCAACAAAGUGGAUAUUACUAUUGACUCUUGCUGGCACUUUAUGGAAUCCUCCGUUUGUCAGCAGCGAAACGUGCAAUUCCAAAAUCAGAAGUAAGUAGUGAAACCCCGUGGUACGAAGAGUAUGGCCUAUCCUUUUCAACUUUUUUUUUCUCAUCUUUGUCCUCCUCGGUUGGAAUAGAGAUAGAGAACCAAAUUUUAUUAAUAUUUUUUUAACCAACUAGUUUUCUCUCUUGUACAGUAAGACCCGUUGUCGACAUCUCUUCAAGUCCAGAAAAUGUCAGUUUAGCCGUUGGUGCCUCCAUAACUCUGACUUGUAAAGCGGAGCCGAGAGCUAUAGAUGCAGGUUAUAUGGAUAGAUGGGUCAAGUAUAUUCAGUGGUACAACCCAAAUGGCACAGAAGUUGGAGCAAAAUGCCAGCAGCCUUCAAACAUACUUGCAUAUGAACGAAAACUCAGCUGCCCAUUGGUGUUUAAAAAUCUGACAGAAGACGAAUUUGGCCACUAUAUUUGCCAAGCGGGCAAUCGUUAUAGUAAACACUGCACAAGGCAAUCAUUUGCAAUAGGUAAGUAUUUUCAUCAUAACUAGUUUAUGAAUUUGUCUUUUUUAGUUCCUUUUUUGUUUAUUUGUUUGUUUUUUUACUUAAAUAAUGCGUGACGGUAAACACCCUACGCUGUUGUUUGGGAAAGGUGGGUAUUGUGCAUUGGGUCUCUCUCAAAUCACAAUGAACCUUACAUCUCGAUGAAAAAAAGUGUAAACAGUCAACUUCCCGCCAUCGGCCACUCUUAUAAGCGGAUGUUUCUACUUACGGACACUUUUUCUAAUUCCUUUUUUGGCCUCCCAGUUUCUCGUAGACGGACGCAGACACUUUUGAAAUUGAAAAUAUGAUUUUUUUGUUUACGCUUCGUCCGCGGGAAAGCAAGCUGUCGGAGGCAGACAAUUCUAUUAGCGGGCACUUUUUCCAAUUCCCGAGGGUGUCCCCUAACGAGGGAGUUGAUUGUGUUUAUACAAGUGCACACUUUUCCUCCAGGUUCUGCACCAGUUUUUUUGGAGGUUCCAAGGAAUCAAAGUGUUUACAUAGAUUCCAAUGUCACUUUCGAUUGCAAUGCUACUGGUCUUCCAAAGCCAAGCAUCUCAUGGAUCAAGAACGAUGAUUUUCAUACCUUGCAAUCCAACUCAAGUACAAAGGAUAAGAAAAGCAUCCACAGUGAGCUCUCCAUAACGAAAGUGAAGAAGGAAGAUUUUGGCGGAUAUAAAUGCGUGGCAAUUAACAGCGUUGGUAAAAAGGUAUCAUUAUCGGCCUUCUUAAGCCUGAAAGGUGAGAAGAAAAACUUUCCAUUUACGACUCCUCACAACUUUGAACUAUUUACCAACAGUAGAGCGUUCUGUACGAGAUAUUAGGUCCUAAGUAGGUCAGUUUAACCCUGCUGGGAAAUCCUCUCCCCUAGCUAAGCAACUUUCCGACUUUACUUGCGCUUUUAUGACAUAGAUUAGAAACCACUUUCAAUAUCUGAUCUGGAGUAAGCGACUUACUCUUUAAGCAGCUUCAUCGGCUAAGGAGUUUUUGUGUCGAAGAGGAGAAGUUUGACCGCGAAAAGGAAUGUUAUCGAAAUAAUUUACAGCUAAAUACUAAGACUGUGCGCUGAUUUUCAUUUUCUAUUCAGUUUACCUUUUUCUGCCUUUUCGGUAAAAUCAUUCUUUUGGACCCACGUACGUUUCGGAUUUCCCACUUUUUACAACACUACUCCUUUCUAUUGAGGUUCCCUCGUAGUGUCGCUUCACCAGAAUAAACAUGUUUUGUGGUUAUUCUGGUUACUAUGAUUACUACUAAGGUUAUGCCUCUUGAGUCAACGCGAAUGGAGAGAGCGUCACAUUUGCUCCGCUUGCCCUACUAUUACAGAUCCUUUCUAAACAUAGCAUCCAUUUCUUCUCACCUUUUAAUAAUGAUUUUUUUCGUUUCAAUUACAGAAAAGCGGGAAGACCCAAAAACCCAAAAUAAUUCAGUUGAUUCCAACGGAAUUUUCAGCCUCACUGCCACUUGUCAUUCCAAGCCAAACAAGAGCAAUGAUUCAAAUGUUUCAAAAACUAAUUCAAUGGUAAAGUUCAUUGCAACUUCAGAUGCCACAAAAUGCCAUAGCAUACUAAGCAUAAAGCUUAUCAACGAGAGGACGAACGAAGAUGGAGGCACACAUCAAUGCCGAACAUCUGGAAAGGGAAAGUCAAAAUUGGCCUCUUUACACGCAAAGGAAGGCAAGUUCUUGAAAUUAUAGGAACAGUUUGAAUAUUCCUUUCGAAAAAUAUUAUUGAUCUCGCUAAAAUUUAAAUACAGGGCGUGUAAUAAAACGUAUAAACUCCCGUUCAAAACACUGUCAGUUAACAUUUUCAAACUUCUUUCCCUACAGCUCACACGGUGGGACUGAGUCAGCAAGACUUAAAUAUAUUCUUGUGAUCACCUUGCCUCGAUAUUCUUUACGCAUGCACGUUGUAAUUGACUAUCAAAGUGAUAUUGAUAACACGAUGUCAUCUCAUCCAGUGCGAUCAGUAAUCAUAAUCGUGAUUGGCAAAUCGGACUUGCAUUUCACGGUCGUCCAAUUUGGUUAGUCACUCGUAUGAUCACAAACCUAAUUGGACUGCGUACGGUCCUUUUUUAAUCAGUACGACGAAAGAUGUCAGCCAUCAAAGUCUUUUCAGUUUUAGUUUGAUUUUUCAUCUUAUCUCACAGAAAUUACAGAAACAAGACUACAAGAAAGCUCAACUACUCAGAUUGCGAUAGCAAUCGCUGCAUCUUGUGUGGUGGCAACCUUGCUUAUCAAUAGUAUUUUGGGGCUUUUGUGGUACAGGCGAUUUAAAGGUGGCAAAAAGGUGAAUAUUUGUGGUUUUAGGGUUUUUUGUGUGUGGUUUGUUUUUCCGUUCACGUUUACUUAUUCUUUUUCAUCUAGGAAACAUGAAUGUAGCAAAAAUAUCCAAUCUUCGCGUCCAGGUUCCAUUAUCUUCAAUUCUUUAACGAUGCAUCCAUAGUGCGUUUUCGUUCGACAAAGUAUUCGUUUUGACUCACUUUUGCCCGUCAUCUACACUAAAAAACUCGGAAACGCGAAUGAAACGGCCACUUUCAAACUGGCCUCAAAGUGAAAUUGAUAACCCAAUUGUUUAUAAAACGUUGCAAUUCUUGAGUGGACAGAUGGAAACGAAGGCUUUUGGAAUUAAACUGUAAUAAUUUUCAAUUUGGAUUUGGAAGCAACGAUUUUGCUGGAAAUAUAUUUCCUUUUGUUGAGCAUACCUAUAAGAACUAAAAAAAUCCCAAGGCACUGAAAAACGAUACAUUAACACUGUUCUGAAGUUCCUCAUCGGUAAUUUGUCUUUUCUCAUUUGAUAAACGUCAGUCGGAGGGACAGCGAAACGUCGUUAGGGUCCAUAUGAGCAAUGGCAGAUACCCAACAGUCGUAAUUGCGCAGGAUACUGAAGGGUCCUUGUCGCUCUGAGCAAAGAACGCGGAAAGGGUCGACGAAAAGCUCCGGCUGUGUGCAGUGGGGAAUCGUUUGGGUGACAUGGAACAUUGAUGGAACGAAUUAUAAACGAUGCACAUUGGCCACAGUAUUAGUAUUUUAACUAGUGUAGGUAAUCAAAUGAUUUCGAGUGCAGUUUUGAAUAAAUAAACACGAGUAAAUAUUUUCAAGGACUAACAAAAUUGCAUGAGCCCGUAGGGCGAGUGCAAUUUGUGGUCUUUGAAAAAAUUAACAUUUGCUUAUUAAUUCCAAACUUCACGAGAAAAGUCAUGUGAUUAUGUAUUAAUAAUAUACAUGAAAAAAUACGAGAUAGCUUAUUAUAAUUAUGCAGAAGCAAAGCGCGCGCAUCAAGUGCAAGAAUAAUUAUUCAAGCCUGUGCAUUCGGUCAAAACAGCCGCGCACGAUCAAAACAGUUACAUACAAUGAUAUUUUCACAUCUAUAAGGCGCAAAAAUGUUCAAGAUCCAGCUAAACAGUCCAAUGAAUUAUUCAGUCUGUGUCCGAAUCACUUUCGAUGGAAUGGAAUCGUCGUUUGCAAGGUUUAAUCAUGUUUUUUUUUUUUAAUUUUGGCGUAGAAUCACUCGAGCUGGAUCGGCUCGUAAUUUUGAUUUCCUUGGCAAUUCCCUUCUCUAAACACCGCUUUUUCCAAACCGACAACCAAAAAGCAGUGCUUUUUGUAGUGUUUUCGUUGUUAAAGCUGUUUUUCAGCAGUGGCGAAAGAAAAUCUACUUAAAUCGCCGACCAUUGUUUCGCUCGUAAAUUUCCAACGUAGCCAAAUGUUGCGUCAUCCAAGGCUCGCAUUUGAUUAGCUAUCAGUGAGUAUCUCUGAUUAUUGGUUUGUUACUUUCUUUGCACUGAAUUAACCCUCCUCUGCAUUGAAUUACCUGAAAACUGCAUUUAUCUUAACCAAUCAGAACUGAGUAAUUUUUUCAUGUAUAUUAUUUAGUAUUUAAAUGUGGGUAUUAUUAGUAUUGGAUGUAGAUAGAUUCAAUCAUCAAUUUCUUGUUUUAAUCAUGUAUUUGUAGUUUCAAUCCCGACGGUAAUUUUCUAUUACUUUUUACCUCUUAGACUUGACUAAGACACGACCACAUCAGCUAGACUGUAAUUUUUCGUGGAUAAAUAAGUACCUUCAUUAGUGUUUAGCAGUUAUUUUACGAAGGCACGCCGAAUAUGAGGUGAUAACUGGGCGUAACACUCACUGAGGGCUCAAUCUGGUCCCUGGACAAAUAACUUCACAACAUUAUGUAGGCACCGGGAAGAUUUUCACCGACGAAAAUAAGGGAUAUGAAUCGAGGAAAGAGAUGUCAUUCGAGUAGCUUAAGAAUACCUUGUCUGGUGGUCCUACGUCAGAUUUGAGUCUUUCUAUGAUGUUCUUGGAUGUCUGACUUCUUAUUUACUUCUAAUCACACAGUUUCUUUCCAUUAUUUUCCGAAGUUCACAAAAUUUUUUCAAGUCUGAAAUUCAGUUAAGGUUGUUAAAAGGAUUUGGAAGCUAUUCUAAAAUGAUAAAACCUAAGCUAAUGUAACUUAAGUCGAUUUAAGGUUCAAUUAAAUUUGCUGGCUCGCAGGUCUGCUUGAGCUUAGUUGAAUAAAGGUG